GUUCGAGUUUAUGGGACUUGAACUACUCACAAGUUCGACGAUAAGAAACUCGAACCAAAAGUGGAUCGACUUUUAAACACUCGAUCAAUAGUGGUUCGACUUUAGAAGACUCGAACAACUAUGAUCGAUUACAGGAGACUCGAUCUCAGUAGAUCGAGUAUAAAACACUCGAUCAAGUAAGAUCGACUUCAAAUUCCUCCAUGUAGAGCAACGACUUUAACUCACUCGAUCUUUGUCUGGACUAGAUCGAGGCCGUAAGACUCGAACUACUGGCCCACCGACAUGCUUCAGGAUAGGGUUGCAGGGAUAAGAUUUUUGUUGUAGCAGAUCGAGUUUUAGAAACUCGAACUAGUGUAGUUCGAUUACACUAAACUCGAACUACUUGCUCAAUCAUUCUGUCCAGUCGCUUUCUAUCCGACAUGCGCCAGAAUAGGGCGCAGGGGGGAAAUUAUUGGUCGACAUAGAUCGAGUUUAAUGAACUCGAACUAGUGUAGUUCGAGUGUACUGGACGCGACCCACUCCAUCAGUUUACGAUAAAUAAAAGCCAUCACUAAGCACUUUCUGGCAGCAAUCUUCCUUUCUAUCUUCUUUCUUCCAAACACAAACUGCAGCUGCUGGAGCACCAUAGCUGAGCAAAGAAGAAAAAAUUUGGAGGUAAGUUCUGCUUACUUUGUUUGAAUGAGCAUAUUAGAAUUUUAGAUUAAUUUAGUAUUGUUUGUACUGUAUGUAAUGAGCUGCUUGUAUAAACUGCAGAAAUGGGUAGAAAAUUUCGAAAAUUCGACUUAAAGAUUCGGUGGAAUGGUCGAAUUACACACUUUCAUGAUAGUAUUGACUACGAAGAUGGUGAAUCAAGUAUUGUCCGGAUUGAGAGCAUAUUUACUUGGCAAGAACUCAGUCAUAUUUGUGCUGAACGAUGUUGCAUAGCAGGGCGAAGAGUAUGCAAGAUGACUUACCGUAUGCCGGUUUACAAGGAUUAUGCACUUGCAUAUGAAGGAUCAGUUUUGUCUGACGAUGAUGACAUUAAUAUGAUGGUGAGAUUUAUUGCAGAGAACAGAUUUCCACUUGCACAACUCCGAAUAUAUCCUCGCCAAACAAGCAGAUCCCCAACUUUUUCUCCCAAUCUCAUCCCAAUCUUCCAAAAGAACUCGAAGCCACAUACAAUGCAUAUUUCCACCAGACUUGUUCGGAAACAAAAAUCCUCCAACCAAACAAAUAAGGUAGAUGCGAUCAUACCUAUCUAUCUGAGCAUCCGUGGCAUCCUCCGGUAAUUCCCCAGCGGUCCUCACUAGCCAAGGUAUCAAUAGCAUAGACUUGUGUAGAGGUGGUACACGACGACCUUCUUCUGCUUCCUCUGGGAUGAUGAUACCUAAACGCUCGCUUAUAUAUUGGCCCCAACCAUUCAAUGGUUUUGAAGAACUUUCUAUUAUUGCAUCACCAUCGAUUGGAAGCUCUGUCAGCAUGGCUACGUCCUUCAACGUAAUCGUCAUCUCUCCCUCUAGAAGGUGGAAUGUGUGCGUUUCUUUUCUCCAUCUUUCCACCAUUGCCGUAAGAAGGUUGUUGUCCAUCUCCAUCCCCACAAACUUUCGCACCCUCAGCAAUCGCGCUCUUUCAAUGAAGGGCUCGAUACGAUCAUCCCAUUUAGGCAAGCGAGAUAGCGACCGAUGGGUGAUUACGUCAAGUUGUUCCUGUAGAAAAAAAACAUUAAUUAUUAUACAAAAAAAUUAGAAGAAUACUAUCACAUUAAAAAAAAGUACAUGAGGAAGUGCCUACCGGAUCUGCCGCCCAAACACUUUCAGACCGAUGGUAAGGUUGCUCAUCCAACAAAUCGGUUUCUCGCGGUCCACCUUGAAUGUAUAAUCUAGGAUCGUAAAUACUCGGAUCCAUCUCGACAAUUUUGAGUGAUAGAAGUACCAAACUAAAGAAAAAAAAUCUGAUGCGGAAGAUCGGGCUUAGCCGCAACCACAGAGCAUAUUUUUUUCUUCAAGAGUGGUGGGAGGAAGAGAGGAAGAAGAAUGGAGUGGUGUGAGUUUUGGUGGAAUAUGAGGGGGGUAUUUAUAGGUUCUGUGGGAGAGUGGAUCGAGUUUACAAAACUCGAACUAGUGCAUCGAUUUUUGUGCACUCGAUCCGCGUCAAAAGCAGAUCGUGGUUAGGCACAUCGAACGAACCAGAUCGAGCUUAGGGUAAUCGAUCAACGGUUGAUCGAUGCUGACAUCAGCGAUCCACUGCAUCGAGUUUUAGGCACUCGAUCCGCGUCAUCGAGUUUGACGCACUCGAUCCGCGUCAUCCCUGCUUCGCGGGUUUGACAGUCGAACGGCCUAGAUCGAGUUUAGACCACUCGAUCAACGGUGGGGCGCGCCUGACGUCAUCGAUCCGCGUCAACUGGAUCGAUUAUACCUGACUCGAUCCACCUACCUCGAGUUUACCGCACUCGAUCCGGGUCAUCACUGCUUCGAUGGUUGAGCAAUCGAACGACCCUGAUCGCGUCCUAGUAAAUCGAUCUAUGGUGGAGCGCUGCCCAGCUCAUCGAUCCACUUCAUGUGGUUCGAGUGUUCCAUCCUCGAUUCACCUAGAUCGUGUUUUUGGCAAUCGAUCCACUACUAGUUCGAGUUUUGUGAACUCGAACUAUGUUAAACUUUGGUAGUUUGGGAAUUUUUUUUUAAAAGUUCGGUAUUCUGGGAAUUUUUUUUAAUUAUUACUGUAUUUUGGGAAUUAAUCCAGAAAAUGAUCGACCCGCUUCGAUCAACCUCUUGAAGUCCUGCUCAUCUUGCCAUUCCUUAAGGUAAUCAUCAUUAAUAGGGCGAAACUCCACUAUCGCUAAAGGAUUGUCGUCCUGAUUGUGCGAUGGACUUAAUUCAGAAAGUUCCACCCAAUCCGAAUUUGUAGAAGAAAACUCUGGCUCGGCACAGUCGAAAUAGGGAAGGCAUGACAGUGAGGGUAAGGAUGAAUGAGGUAGGGAUUCGGGCAUUAUUAGAUGAGAAUUAAACUGGGGAGGAGGAAAAAGUACGGAGAGGAGGUCAAUUGGAUUAUGAAUUGGUGGAGGGAUGGGGUUAAGGUUAACAGUGAGGCGAAAAGAAGGUUCAGGGGAAAUGAAAAGGGAGAAGAAAGUCGAAUGAAAAGAGAAGGUCGGGGAGGAGGAGGUACUCAGACGGUGGAACAAGAAUAAAAACCGGAAAAGAAUCACGUCCAUGCCGCAGUGAGAUCUCCACCGGUACCAAACCACCAGCUUUAAUCUUGAUGAUUACCAACGGUUCAUCCCAGUUACUACCAUCGGCAUCGACGAAAUGUAAGGAAGUGGUUAAGCACCAUACACGGGCCUGUAUAAGAUCCAGCAUAACCUUCUCCCAACAACUCGAGUUAUUGGGAGCAACUGGUUCAUGACAUGGUAUCAGAGCUGGUUUGUCCUUGAGGUCACGUGUUCAAGUCCUCACGACCCCCAAUAUUAACCGUUGUCUUUCAAGCACAUGGUAGGGCUGGGCCAGUGCAAACUUCAAGCCCAUGAGUCGGCUUUCGUUUGAGGGGGCGUGUAAGGAAGUGGUUAAGCACCAUACACGGGCCUGUAUAAGAUCCAGCAUAACCUUCUCCCAACAACUCGAGUUAUUGGGAGCAACUGGUUCAUGACACGAAACCUCCGCAAAUAUCUCCUAUCCUCCUAAACACCGCUCCGCAGCGUAGAUGAUGAGGGAUUCCAAAAACAAUGAUCCAGUCCAGACCACUUUGACCUGCCAAACCUCUACCAACGUGCUCCUCCCAAAAACGAAUAACCACAUUAUAGUUCUGAAACUUCGUGAAUCUAGUUGUCUGCACUCGGAUAGCCUCCUGCCGGGAAGGACACACAAGCAUCCAAUGAUCCCCAACCCUCCUAGUGAACCGAAAUCCUUGUCCAAGAUUCCAACAACGCAUGAAAUCCUCAGUAAGAUCAAAUGGCAAACCCAAGUUCUGGACCCCAAAGAACUCAAGACUCAAACAAUGAUCCAAGCCAGCUCCUUCUAUCCUCAACGCCUACGUUGGAAACGUCAAUCACCGUUUGGCUGCCAACAUGAGACAAAGAGCAAUCCCCAGAAUCAAAGACUAGGCCUUGCUUGAGGACUGAGGCAAAAGAUCUUUCGGGCGUCACUAAAGAGACCUCCUUCAGGGGUCUGCUCGCGGUCGUACCCUUUCGACUAAAAGAACCAGCAACUUGGACAAGAUCAGACCACCCCACAUGAUCACAAGGGAUGAUGACAUAGAAAGAUUUGCCUUUUGUCACUUCCUCAAUCUUCAGUGCAUUCCCUCCUCGAUUCCGAAAGAAAUGAACCGACACAUUCCGUCCCCUGAUGGUUUUGCUCCCGAGGGCGGUCGAUCGAUUAGGACGCGUGGGGAGGGUUCUCAACCAGCUGCCACCGUGUUCAGGCUCGAGGAAGACAAAACGUCGCCGACACAACUCCCCUUCAGCUGUGAGUUUCAGCAGAGUUCCAUGCCUGGUGCAAUACUCUUCCAACAGAACGUCCUUGAAACCAACUUUCACUACUUGCCGAAGACCUUUCCGACGUCCGCCGCUUUGAUGAUGCCCUCCUGCCGGGAACCUGCAAAACGGAAAAGAAACCCUCGAACUCUCCCCACCCACUCUCUCGCACGCGGAAACUCUCUCUCUCUCUCUCUCUCUAACAUCUCUCCUCUUCCUUCUUUUUUUUUCAAGAAUUCAAAUUAUUUGGAUUAAGCUACAUACGCCUUCCGUGUAAUAUCAAAAUCUCUAUAUAUAAGUGGAGUUAUGUUGAAAUUGUCAACUUGGAAUAUCACAAUUUAUUGAGGACAUUCAAACUAACGUAAGAUUGAUUACCUUUCAAAAACUAGCUAAAAGAAAUUGAAUACAUACGUGUAUUUAUAUAUAAAUCUAUCUAGUUAUUGAGCAGUAAACUGUAGAAUCUUACCAACUCGUGAAUCCAAUUUAACAUUCUUCUUGUUUGGUGAUGUGUUUCCAUAGUGUAUUGGGUGGAGUGUUGUUGGUUGGAGGACUUUACAGUGUUCUAUGGGCAAAAGGGAAAGAAGAAAAGAUUAUAUAGGAUCGUUUGGAUGAGGAAUUCUAAUGGAUCAAUCUGACACAAUUGUCUCGUUUUGAGUCAAUUGUGCUAGAUUGAUCCGUUUGGCAGCAGAAAAUUUGGAUGAAGCAAUUUGGGCUGGGGAAUUCUGAAUUGACUCAUUUUGAGCCAAUUACAAUUGUCUGGGGUGGGGGCAGGUAAUCUGAAUUGACUCGUUUUAAAUGACUCGUUUUGUAAAAUGAAACAAUUGGUCAAAUUGUCUCGUUUUACAAUUGAUCCAUCCAAACGACCCCAUAUGAUUGCUGAGAAUAUUGAUGGGAAGAUGAAGACUACACAAGUGGAAAAGGAGAGCUUAGAUCUUAAACAAGUGGCUACAAUCAUUAGCAUCCCCGAUCAUCAAGCAUCACAAACCAAUGAGUCGAGUUAAGUUUUGAUGGAGAAAUUAAGAUCUUCACAUCAUCUACAUGCAAUUCAUGCUUAAGGAAAAAUGGGAAACAUAAAACAAGUUUCUUUUAGAAGAAGCUGUGGGAAACCAUUUCUUCCAUGCUCUAUUAGAGGAUGGAAUCGUAUUGGAGAAGACUACCUAUAUGUUGCAAUGGAUAGUGGACAAAAACGAGCCAACAUGAGUACAUGAUAAGGAUCAUCACCAUUUUUAACUUGAGAGAAACAUCGUGAAAAUAUAUACAAUAGUGCGAUGUGAUUGUUUUUUUUUUUUUUUUUUUUUGAAAGAAUUAAUGGUUCGUAUAAAAAGUAUAAAAAAAAAUAUGACCAACGACAGCUAAGCAUGGAUCUAGGAGACU